AUAAUAACAUGACCUGAUGCAAACAACAUAAAAACAGCUCUGGUGUAUGAUGGAAGGUUUAUCUCAAAUGUAAAGCCGUCUUUCAUGAGUUUUUACGUUACUUUGUCCACAUCCUGUAUCCUACAACUGAGAAUCAUCAACACUUAUUGUACCUCCAUCACUUUGCUGAUCUGCACCAAUUACAGUGAUUCCUCUUCAUUUAGGCUGGAUCACUUUGACGGACUGAUCCCAUUCGACUUUAAGACGGAACCCAUUGAAUCCAACUCCAAAUACUUGGUGAACCUCCUGUCCUUGGAGCUCACCUACUUUUGCAGCGGCCUUCUGUUUGCUGCGGUGGUGAGGGGGCGAGUGUGGGACUACGCCCUCACUGUCACACUCCUGCAUGUUGUGAUCACCAGCCUCGUAAUGCUGGAGUUUCCCAUGGUGUGGCAGUGGUGGCUGGCUUUAGGAAGCGGCUUGUUUCUGAUGAUCUGCAACGGUCAGCUGAUUGCUUAUUUUACCUGCCAGAGUGACCAGAGCUACGCCUCCUUCAGCAUCUACUGACUGACAGAAAAUAACUGUGAAUGUAUUUUUAAUUUAUUAAUUCUUUAA